GCUGAGGAUGAGCGGCACCAACAUUCAGGUGCAAGACUUAGUAGAGGACCUGAAUUAAUUUAUUCUGGAGUAACUUAAACGUAUUUGUGACAAUGACGGAGAGCGGCAGUCGCGACGGCUCUGAAACAGAAACAAAGCAGCUCCAGGCUAACGCCACGACGGAGUACUGCUCAAAGUUGCAGCGGUGGAUGUGGGAGUAUUACUGGGGACAUGCUAGCUGGCAGAGCUGGGCGGCUCUGUCAGCCUUCCCCUUGCCACCGCCGAGCUCUGCCGCUCAGACACCGGCUGCUCAUUCUUCCACUCCCGCCAGCGGACAGCAAGCGUUUGAGCCCGGGAACUGGUUCGGCUACCCGUACGCUGUCAGACACCCGGGGUCCUCGACUCCUUACCCGGGUGGUCUGCAGGCGGAGCAGCGCUCAGCCGCGACCGAUGUGCGGCAGCAGAACGGAAGUCCACCACAAGCAGGACGAGAGUACACCAUCCCCUCCCCUCUUCAGAGAUUACUGGCGGAGACGGUGGAUUUCUUCAUCCUGUUUUGUGUGAAGGCCACCAUCGUCUUAUGGAUCAUGCAUCUCUUCGGAAUGAAGGACAUUGCCAAGUUUAUCACCCACUUCAUCAUUGAGGAGAUCGAUGAGAACACGUCCAUCGAGGACCUGCAGAAAAUGAUGGCGGUCGCUUUGGUUUACAGAGUAUUGGUCUGCGUUUAUGAGACAAUCUGCAUUUGGGGCGCCGGAGGUGCGACUCCAGGGAAGUUCCUGCUCGGUCUGCGGGUGGUGACAUGCGACACGUCCACCAUGGUACGGCCCAACCGCAUUUUUGUGGUUCCAGCAUCUAAUGUUUCUCUGUCGGCCUCCACUGUGCGAGCGUUGAACAAGAACUUCUCCAUCGCUUUUCUCUUUCCUGUCUUCAUCACGCUCCUCUUCUUCCAGCACAACAGGACAGUUUACGACAUUGUGGCCGGGACCAUAGUGGUCCAACGCAGAGGGGCCUAAAAGGUUGCCCCCUUAACCCCAACCUCCUGUUUCUCAGACUCGGUCACUGCUGCAUGUCAAAGAGUGAUUGUUCUGUUUUUCAUCAGGAUUCACCUAAUUUAUUUUACAUUAAAAUUUUAUUGCACUGAAAGGAAUAAUGGGUCAUAACAUCUCUACACUGAAGUUGGGCUACGCUUUAAAAGGACACAAAUACAGAUGUGGUAGCAGAAUAUUAAGUUAAAUGAAAUGAAAGGUGGGUGAGGAUUUCAGUUUUCUUAUCAAGUGUCAACUGAAAAAAGUCUCUUUGGUUCUUUAAGGCAAAAAUAUAUGCAAAGUCAACCUUUUUUUGUUUUAAAAUCUGUUUUCAAACACCUACAUAUGAUAUGGAUAUUGUCUUUUUGUAGCUGUUGUGGUAUUAAUGCCAAACAAUUUACUUUUGCCUAACCCUAAAUAUGCAACUUUCAGGUCAAAUCGGAAGAUGUAUUGUUUGAUCAAGCUAUUUAUUUCAUGCUUUAUGAAUAAAAAUAGGCAGCAUUGAAUACAUUUAAAAAUAUACUUAAGUAAAAUAUAAAAUACAUCAGCAGGACUGAUCGCACACCAGGCCAAUCCAACCUUUUAUGUCUCCAGAUUUGUUAGCAGAGCUGCUGUUUGCUCCAAAGUUGUUCAUGCAGACCAAAAUGCAAAAUAUCUGCACACAAAAUGUAAUAUAUUGCACAUACUUUUGGUUUCUUGAUUCAAAAAAGAAAAUUGUCUUGCUCUGUGACUGGGCAGCUGUUUGGAUGGCCUCUGAAGUAUUAAGAUUGUUUUGUAAAUUAAGAAAGGGUUGCAGUGAAGCGAUGUUGCGUAAUCUGUCAGUAUGUAGGUUUUUUUCCUUUAUCUUUUGAGUUAGGAGACAAUUUAUCAUGUUGUUUCUUUAGUAACUCUGCUCAUAUCUAAAAUAUCAGUUUGGUUAGAUUUUUCUUUAUGGAUUCUUUUCCUAUUCUUAAAGUCA